AUGAAGCUGCGAAGUGCACAUGGAAGUCUUACAACCGGCGAUGUCCUCACAAUCUUCGGGACCGAAGCACAGAAAGCUGAUGCAAAGGCUUUCAAAACACUUAUGCAACACCUAAAGAACUUUGACGAACAUCACUCUACUGUUAUCAUGGUGCAGGUCGAGAACGAACCUGGUUGUUUAGGCGACUCGAGGGAUCGCAGCCAACUCGCCGAAGCACGGUUUGCAUCGCCACUGCCUGAUGAGGUCCGUGACUUCCUUGGGAGAGACUGGUCUAGCUUUACAGAUGCUUUUCAACGUAACCUUGGAGAGCUUCGACAAUGUUCGCUACGUGAAGGCAUGACGUGGAAGGAUUUACCUGGCAACCCUAAGCGCAUUGAUGAGUUGUUCAUGGCUUACCACUAUGCAUUAUACCUGGAUGAAGUGGCUGCUGUUGGGAAGUCAGUCUACCCUCUGCCUUUAUACACGAAUGUCUGGCAGAACAUCAUAGACAGCGAUACAGAUACCGGUACACCACCCGUCGCAGGAGGCGGCUCAGAACCUGGCGAUUAUCCAUCUGGCGGAGGCGUGGUAGAUGUCCUGGAUGUCUGGCAAGCAUUCACACAUUCACUCGACUUCAUCGCUCCGGACAUAUACCUCAACGACUACGCGACCUCGUGCAGGCUGUAUCGACACAACAACCAACCCUUGUUUAUCCCAGAGCAGCGGCGCGAUGAGUACGGUGCUUUGUGUAUCUGGACUGCUUUUGGCUCCCACGCAUGUCUGGGGGCUUCACCGUUUGGCUGUGAGACUGUGGAUCCCAUGCUGAGUCCCUUCAGAAAGCAUUAUGGCUUGUUGGCCAAGAUGAAGCAUCACAUUCUCACUGCUCAGGCACAGGACAAUGCCAGCGUGGGGUUCUUCUUCGCCGAGUUGGCUGCAGAUGGUUCAGACCCCUCGUCGAAAGUCACAGCCACAUUAGGAGACUGGAACCUGUUGAUCGAGAGAUCCUUUGUAUUCGGCCAUCCCUCUGCUGGAUCAGGCAUGAUUAUCUGGACAGGAGAAGAUCGCUUUCUUCUGCUCGGCUGGGGCUACCAAGUCAAUUUCAAACACAAAAGUUCCAAAGCCCACUUCAAUGGCAUCCUUAAAUUCGAAGAGAUGGAUGUUGACGACGCAAGAACUGGAGCAUUGAGAAAGGUCCGUCUUUUGAACGGAGACGAGACGCAAAGUGGCAAGUUCGCAAUCAUGCCGAGCGAGGAUCCUGAUUACGGAGGCUAUCCAAUCAGUAUUACCAUCCCUGCUCGUACUGGUAUCGCCAUGUGCCAGCCCUACGCGCUUUUCGAUGAAUAA